AUGAAACCUGAAUACGAGUCGAUCAUAGAUAAGAAAUGUGUCCAGUUCGUUGCUCCAACCAGUGCAGCAGCAAGCACACGAACGGAUCACAGUCCCACAUCUACAACUGACCAUGGUUUCAUUUCCACUGCAGACACGAAACUUGCUGAUGUUGAUGGAUAUAGUCACCAUGCAGUAACAUCAUCCACUUCCACGACUGCAGAAGAAGAACUGCAAUCAACUACGAAAACAACACCUGAUUUACUCACGCUUAUAAUGCCUUCUUCCAAAAUGGAUACGCUAAGACAACAGUCAACAAAGCAUGAGCUUGGUACAGGAACGACUGAAUUAUUUUCAAACGUUUUUUCUCAAAUUGGAGCCAUAAUUUCAGACGAUAGCAGUGAGAAUACAGCACCAACCAAGCAAAACAACGCAGCGUUUACAACAAGUGAAUCCCAAAUCUUCAAACAUUCAACAACCAUUCACCUUGAUGGAUUGCAACCGACUGACUCGGAAAUUUCGACUACAAAGAGUGGCUUAAAAGAAGAAGCUAUACCGAGCAUGUCAAGUACAAUGUAUGCCCAAAUGACAGAAGCGGACACGCACAAAACAGGGUUUGCGAUCAAAUCAGCUAGCACAAGGGCUACUUUGAUAUCCUUUGAAAAAUUCCGUGAUUAUUUUUUAACCACAGGACAAAUAUUCGCAGAGUCAUCAAUGCUCUCGAGAAACGGUCAUUUAACAUCUUUGAGUUGGAAUCAAGAAAAAGAAGAGAAUGUGAUCGCUCAAAAAAGCAGCAGUGCACCAGGAACAAUGGAUGCAUUUACUGAUUAUGAGGAGAAUACUCCAUUUCCUAAGCAAACAAGAGCAACAUCAUUGAAGGAGAUGCUUUCACUCCAAUCAAUAGACUUAGGAAACGUCUACAGUCAUUCAGUCUCUUCAACUUCAUCCGACGUUGAUGAAAUGUCAGCAACUCUACCACAAAGCUUGUUUACAGGUGGAGCCACUAGUCCAAGUCUGAUAUCUACAUCAAAAAGUUUGAGAGAAGCAUCGACUAGAUCUAUUGGCACAAUUGAAAGUCCCAGAGCUUAUCUCAUAUCCGAAGAGGAUAAAAGCAGCUCAGCAAUUUAUCAGUCAGUUGCGAGACCAGACUAUGUUACAGAUGGGUUAGUAAAGACUUUACCUUUGACGCAAAACACCUUAUCUUAUCCAGCUAUCACUGCAAACUCGCAGUACGAUACUGCAAAAGAAAGCACGAGCAUCACGAAACUAGUGUCCAUUGCAGAAAAGUCCACAUACAAGCAGAUUAGCGACGAAUCUGAAGGUAAUUAUAGCGUGAAAUUUGAUACAACAAAUGUGAAACCGUCGAGCCAAUUUGAAGGAAACGAUAUAGCUAUUGCGUACGCCAGGACAAAAACUAAUGAAAGUACGAGCAUGGACAGAUCAACAACAUUGAAUUCAAGCAUAGCGACAACAGAAUUCGCUGCUGGCACCAUCAUAAAUCUUACACCUAAUAUUUCUAAGGUGUUGGGAAAGGUUGGGAUUCCUCUGUCUGUAAAUCCUUCGACGAGAAAGUUAGGCAAUGCGGUGACCACACCUUCCACAGAGAUAACUCGCACAAAUUUCACAGCAAAAAGAACUCGUACGAAAACUAUCAGAACAAGAACAAGUACGAAAAAUGUACGAAGUACGAAAAAUUCUGCGACUAUUUCAACCACAGCAUCAUCCCAAACUACUAGUGCAUUAUCUAAACAGUCAGAAUCAGCAUGUUCUAAAUCUCAUACUACCAGUGCGAUGACAUAUUCAUCACAGCUAAAAACUGAAGAAAGAGGAAAAGUUCAGACCUGUGUGAGCUUCAUAAGUCAUCCCACUUCGCUCAGCCAAGGCUCCAGCAGCAAACAAUUUCCAUCGACUACUCGCAUGUCUGUUCUGUCGUUGCAGGAAACACUAAGUGUUGAUGCAUUGAAUAGAAGUGCCGAAACAAGUCGGCAUGAAUUUUCGCAAAGCAAAAGCACAGUAUCACCACCUGCAACUGUUGAAAAAACAGGGACUAUAGAGAAGGAAAUUUCGACUUCUACCGCCUUCAUACCAAAAACUGUGCGUGAAGAUAUUCUUUCAACAAUCGGUGAGAAAUCUGCUCCGCUCAUUACUACAAAUCAUUUACCUGGGCAGUCCACUACCUCAAGUAUUAUAUCUACAACUGAAGAGACUGCAAUCAGUGCAACAAUAAAAGGAAGCAUGAGCAACCCUAUUCCAACUUAUAAAAAAUCCUUGAGUUUGGCACGCAAACUAACGUCAUUAGCUGAAUUUGAGCCGAGUAGUAGCUCUCCACGUUCUGUGCUUGAACACCUCAGUACUCCUAGUUUAACUCAAUACACCAAUGAAAACGGACACAUCGCCAUCGAAGACCAUUCCGGUAAAGAAUCUCAAAAGAUAACGCAAAAGGCUCUUGCAGUGUCAACCCCGAUAUAUGAAACCUCUUCUACAUCUCUGUUCGAUGAAACUCUUAGCUGGUUAUACGCCACACCACUAUUUUGGCUCAAUUCAAUAUCAUCUACAUUUGAGUCAGCUACAACAAAUUAUUCUGACAGUCCUAUGUCAAGCUCUAUUAGCAAAACUCUACCCUACCCCGCAACCACGCGGUGGCCUUAUCAAAUGUCGUUGUCAGAUGAAGAGCAAAGCACCACGGUAAAAGGAGUAACAAAAGAGAAUGUUUCACCGACAACGCAGCAAGCGACCGCUCCACAAAAAUCUACUAGAGUGUCUGUUGCAACGGCAGGUCCGGAAGGAUGCAAAAACGCAUGCCCUGCUCAGUACCACGAAGGACCUCAUUAUUGUUAUCGUAUUCUAUCACAAAGACAGUCGAUAACGUACAGAAGAGCUAUGAGGAGUUGUCAAGGAGAGGACAGUUAUUUAGCUGACGAAAUCGAUUUCAGGAGUCAGGAAGUCAUCGAAGUUCUUGCCAAUAUCAGUGGCACUACAGCUAUAAAAACCUACAUCAGUGAGAAGAAUUCCGAGUCUAUGAAAAAGAGCAAACAAGUUCGCAUCAUCUCCCUAAAAGGAACAACGCGGUUCUUCCUGAACGUGGUUGCUUAUGCAGGCUCGGAUAAAAAUUUCGUAGAUGUUUACGGCGUCUGUAGACGAACGAAGUACUGCCAAGAAGUGCACUGCCGUCUUGACAAUGAUACUGUUGCUAUGAACAGCGAAUUGAUAUUCCCCGCAGUUUCUAACAAAUUACUGGGUGGAGAAACGCUGUACGUUUCUUGUGCAAAAGAUAAUUCUAUUGUUGUUGAAGUGGUGUGCAAUGAAAGAGGGAUGCUGGAACUCCAAACAGCAAGCAACACUUGCGGAAAAGAAGGUUAUGCAGAAGCCGAUGGAGAUUUGAUAGACGCAAAUCCUAAGUCGUGCAGCGACUGUGACUUUCUGGGAACGGAGGCCUGCCGGGAAAGUGAUGGAAGCUUUUUAUGUGUUUGCAAAACUGAGUGUGGUUUACAAUGCGGAGUCAAUGGAACUUGCGUAUCAGCAUUAGACAAGGCUUACUGUCAAUGCGACGAAGGAUACAGCGGUGAACAAUGUAAUGUGGAAAGAACGAGACUUUCUUUUUACGCUCAGAAUGAGUACAAAACAGUACUCUUUGCUGAUGUCUACAACAGGAUAGCGUGA